UAUCGUUUAUUUCUUUCAAUUCGUCGGUAUUUGUCAAGUAAUUAGUUUCACCUAGAUCGUGCGCGAAAAUAAUUUACAUAGCAAGUUGUGGUCUUUUGAAAAUAUAAUUUCACAGUGGUCAUCGCAGUUCGACAUUAAGAAAUCGAGGUAAUUAUUCAAUACGAAAAUGCCUAAGAAAGUUUUUGUAGUUGGUGUCGGUAUGACGAAAUUCGUCAAGCCCAGUACUGGGAGAGAUUAUCCCGAUUUAGGCAAAGAGGCUGUUGAAGCUGCUCUCGCUGAUGCUCGUAUUAAGUACGAUGAUGUACAACAAGCGGUUUGCGGCUACGUUUUCGGUGAUUCCACCUGUGGUCAACGGGUUUUAUACCAGGUCGGUAUGACCGGUAUUCCUAUUUACAAUGUAAAUAAUAACUGCUCAACAGGUUCUAAUGCUCUCUUUCUGGCCAAACAACUUAUUGAAGGUGGUAUUUCUGAUAUUAUACUAGCUGUUGGUUUUGAAAAAAUGACUCCAGGUGCUCUCGGAAAUGCCACAUUCACCGAUAGAACUAAUCCGUUGGAUAAGCAUACUCUGAAAAUGGCCGAAAUUACCGAAUUAACAGGCUCACCAAUUACUGCGCAGUAUUUCGGCAAUGCAGGUUUGGAGCAUAUGAAAAAAUAUGGUUCUACAGAAGUUCACUUAGCAAAAAUUGCAGCUAAGAAUCACCGCCAUGGUGCAAAGAAUCCCCGAGCUCAAGGCUCAAGGGAGUACACAGUAGAAGAGAUUUUGAAUUCUCGUAGAAUUUAUGGUCCAUUAACAAAAUUGGAAUGUUGUCCAACUAGUGAUGGAUCAGCUGCGGCUGUACUCAUGUCAGAGGAAGCUGUUAUUCGUUAUGGACUGCAGCAGAAAGCAGUCGAAAUCAUCGGUAUGGAAAUGGCUACAGACACACCGGCUGUGUUUGAACAAAACAGUUUGAUGAAAGUUGCUGGUUUUGAUAUGACUGCUUUAGCUGCAAAACGUAUUUACCAAAAAACUGGAAUAACACCAAAACAAGUUGACGUUGUAGAAUUGCAUGACUGCUUUGCUGCUAACGAAUUGAUAACAUAUGAGGGUCUGCAGCUUUGUGGGGAGGGAGAAGCUGGUAAAUUUAUUGAUGCAGGAGACAAUACAUACGGAGGUCAAGUUGUGGUCAACCCAAGCGGUGGUUUAAUAGCUAAGGGACAUCCUCUUGGUGCGACUGGUUUAGCCCAAUGUGCAGAACUUGUGUGGCAACUGCGUGGAGAAGCGGGUGAAAGACAGGUUCCUCGUGCGCGUAUCGCCUUGCAACAUAACCUGGGACUCGGAGGUGCUGUAGUCAUCACCAUGUACCGCAAAGGCUUCAACAAUGCUGUCCCCAAUCAAGUCGCUGCCAUCACUAACAACCCCGAAAAUUUCAAAGUAUAUAAGUAUAUGAAGAUCCUCGAGGAAGCGAUGCAAACCGAUGAGGACAAACUCAUUGAAAAAGUUAGAGGCAUCUAUGGUUUCAAAGUAAGAAAUGGUCCAAAUGGUGACGAGGGAUACUGGGUGAUAAAUGCUAAAGAAGGAAAAGGCAAUGUUACGUACAAUGGUAAGGAUAAAUGUGACGUCACCUUCACGAUAAACGACGAAGAUGUUGCGGACUUGAUUUCUGGAAAACUAAAUCCUCAAAAAGCAUUUUUCCAAGGAAAAAUUAAAAUUCAGGGUAACAUGGGCUUAGCAAUGAAGCUCACUGACUUACAGAGAUCUGCAGCCGGUAGAAUCGACGCAAUUCGCUCUAAGCUAUAAAAUAACUCUAGAAAUUGGUUUUUUAUCUUAUUCUGGGUUAUGGAAGAAUGGGUCUUGGGCAUUUAUAUAGUAGUACGUCACAAUAAAUUAGGUGUUAAGCCGACAGUUUGAAGACUCGACAGUUUCAUUUCGAUGUACCGCAGUGCAAUAUAUAUUAAAAUAUUGUUAAGAAAAAUUAAAUCAUAUUUUUAAUGCUAUUGUUUUUUGUAUAAAUAUCAUUCCAUUUUGUAAAUUGCACUUAAAUAUAUUAUUAUUGUUGUUUAGAUAUUUUUCUAUAUUAAACGAUUUUUUAUCAA